AGGACGUACCUCCAUUCAUACACCGGAAGCUGAGUUGCUGUGAAUCUUCAGUUUGUGGUUUUUCUUUUCUUUGACCAAAAUGUUGUCGAUGUUUAAAUCCAUUCCUACGCACAUGGACUAUAAAGGACAAAAACUAGCGGAACAGAUUUUCCAGGGCAUCAUACUUGUUUCUGCAGUUAUUGGAUUUAUUUACGGCCUCAUUAUCGAACAGUUCGGCUGGACUGUGUACAUAGUGUUGGCAGGUUUUGCGGUUUCUUGUUUGCUGACUCUACCCCCUUGGCCCAUGUACCGAAGACAUCCCUUAACCUGGCAGCCAGUGUUGCCUGAAUCACCGGGAGAGCGAGAGAAACCUCAGGAGAAUAUGAGGAAGCCAAGAAAGCACAAGUAGCACAUUACAGUCAACAUGAAAACCUUGUCAUUUCAUUUAAAUUCACUUACAUUCUACAUUGUUUGCAAGAUAACUUGCUACGAUUUAUGUCCCUGCACAUUCAGUAAACGGUUAUCAGCAAGGAAAUAAGUUACUGCUGGAAGGUUAUGU